GUGCGCUGACAGGGGCGGGUGUGAGAGAGACAGCUGUCUUGGAUUGGCUCAGGAGUAUGAGCCUCCCAGAGGACAGCAUGAGCUCCGGACCCUUCAGUAGUCACCAGCUAGCGACAUGAAUGAUAUGGAUCAACUCAUAAACAACUUGGAAGUCCAACUUAAUUCAGAAGGUGGCUCAAUGCAUGUCUUCAAACAGCGACAAGGAAAGGACUUUAGGGCAGCCACCCAGACUGAAACCUGGAGCGGCCAGGCUGCAAGUGUGAACUGGGGGAAGCUGGUGGUUUUAGAAGGACAAAGGGCAGAGACGGGCCCCAACUGGAGAUAUUGGAGGAUAAACAGCAGCAGUAGGGUACCUGGCCGUGGGGAUCCUACACUGACAGUGAGCAACAGCUUAGCGCGCUGGAGACGGGGCACAGACGUGCAGACGGUGAGAGUUUACACCACCUCCAAGUCUUCACUGGAUAUCCCAAGUGACAGUGAGGAGAGUGCAACUGAGAGUGGAUCUUUGGCUUUACAGGGUAUUAAGGGACUACAGCAAGAACCAUCAGCAAUGACCCAAAUGCGGGGAGAAGAGUCACUUGAGUUGAAGAGAAGACAGAUUCACCAAUGUGAUUUUGCAGGAUGCAGCAAAGUGUAUACCAAGAGCUCCCACCUGACCCACCACAGAAUCCAUACAGGAGAGAAGCCUUAUAAAUGUACCUUGGAUGGCUGCUCCUGGAAAUUUGCUCGUUCAGAUGAACUUACCUGCCAUUUUCGCAAGCACACAGGCAUCAAGCCCUUCCGGUGCACAGACUACAACCGUAGCUUUUCUCGCUCUGACCACCUAUCCCUGCACCACAGGUGCCAUGACACCAUGUGA